UUAACAAAUAAAUGGAGUAAUGAGGAAGUUAGCGUAAUCUUAUUCUUUAAUAUCAAUAUAAGAUGGCUUAUUCUUUAAGAAAUUGCAGGGAAUGAGAUUUAAACAGAAAACUAAAUAAAAACGAACUUACAUAGUGUGUGUAAAUUGAGAUAUUGAUAACUUAUGAUGACAGAGCAGGACAUCGGGCGUAUCUGGACAGUGAUGCACUCAAAUACUAAUGGCUCACCAUUCCAUAAUGAUACCAAGAAUGAAGAAGUGUAAAAAAACUGAGAUCGAAUCAAAACCAGAUUCAUGGUCAAGAGCGUGAGCUAUACGCCGCGCAGCCAUUGUCCUAUUGGAAAUUGCAAUAUUGUGAUGAUUUUGGUGUCACUAACAAGGAUUUGCGAUGGAUUAGGAGAAACCUGUACCGACAUCUGCGCCAUCGGGGAAGUUUGCACUCGGAGCGGCAUCUCUGAAUGUAACUCUACAACACACUACACAGUGACAGGACAAUAUCAAACGCAAUGCUUACCAAAGGUUGAACUCGGUGGCAACUGCACUAGUGGGGAUGCCUGUGCUACAGAAUAUGCUAUUUGCAUUGGAUUUGGGAAGAUAGAAGGCAGAAAAUGCAUGUGUGGACAAGAUUAUUUUGAGACAACUACUGCACAGAGAAGAGUUUGCAGACUAAAAAUCCCUUUGUUUUCUUAUUGUGACAACGUCUAUUCGGGCAGAGACCAAUGCAAGGAUCCAAAUGCAAAUUGUGAAAGCACUGCUGACUGUCGAUGUAAUAGUGGCUUUCAUGAUGAGACUGUUAACGGUGUUGUUAAAUGUGCAGCAAACAAAGCCCUUGGAGUUUCAUGCAGAGCUGCUUCUGAAUGUUCUAAUACAAAUGUUAGGUGUUUCGAUGAUAAAUGUAGAUGUACAUACGGUUUCUAUGAUUCAAAUGGAUUUUCAACACAUGGCGGAAACUGUUUUCCUGAUGCACAGUUGAGGGUUUUGAAUGUACAAUUUACGGUGAACACAACGUCUAUGAACAUAUCUUGGAGUCCACCCGCAGAGGGAAAACACCAAAAUAUACUUGAAUAUGUAAUUAAUUAUUUCAAGUUAUAUUCUUAUUCUGGGUUCGGCAGAUCGACAACAUCGUUGCAAACUACGUUAUAUAAACUUAUACCAGGAGGAGUCUACCGUGUAAGCGUUGGUUCGCUCUACGAUAGACCAACGCCAAGUCAAACUGUGUCAGAAGAGGUUACUGUCGAACAAUCAACAGAACCAAAUCCUCCGACUGCUUUAAAUUUAACCGAAGAGAAUCUUGAUGCCAGAGAUAAAACGAUAAUACUCGUUUGGACUGCUCCUGCAAUUGGUGUAGUAAAAGACUAUGAAAUUCAACUACUCGAGAACUUUGAUAGAUAAGGAUUUUUCCAAUCGGUUUACGUAAUUUUCAAAACACAAAAUUCAAACCCUCUUAUAUCACGGUUAACUGCAUUUUUGUAUGAUAAGUAUUGGUCUUAACAUUAAUUUGGCCCGUUUUGUGUGUUAAUUCUUAAAAUCAAAACAUCGUUCAUUGGAUCCAACAGUUACAUUAAAACAUAAAAAAAUCAUGGAAUUGCAUACACAUGUAUUGGUAUGGCCCCAGUUAUUUUAAUGAAAUCUGACACUUUUCUCUGACUACUGAUAAAAUAAUGCGUAUAUAUGACGGCCAGCUCUGUAAUCAUAUUGUGAAUGAAUGUGCGGUGAUAAACAUUAAAACAAAUUUCUAAAAAGAAUAUAUUGGCACGAAAACGCAACCCUUCGCGAAUC